UUGAAAUGAAUGAGGCGUUAUACCACCUUCAUUCCGUAGUUGAUUCGAUUGACUUUGUAAACAAAUAACUCUUGGACAGUCAAUCAACUUCAUCUACACCAGGUGUAUGAACGCAUUGAAAUAGAAAAAUGUCCAGUCUCUACGAUCAAGUGAAACUGCUGUACGAUCAGCAAUUGUACUCCAAUGUGAUAUCCCUCGCCAAUCUAGUAUUAUCCCUAAGUGACCACAAUGGAGACCUCGUCUCGCCAACAGCCAAAUUUCUCAUUUAUGUUCACUGUGCCGACUCGCAUUUUCACCUGGGUGAAUACAGAAAAGCCGAAUCGUUGUAUAAAAAGUCAUUGCAGUUUAGAAAAUUUUUGUUGAAAUCCAAGGGAGCGACUAAACCUUCCCAGGAGAGCCACAAGGAUUUAUUAUCGGAUAUUGAUAUAAAGUAUCAAAUUCAUGUGUGCUUGAUUAAAUUGAAGAGCCAACUCGAGGCACUGCAAGUGCUGCAGAGCAUUCCAGCUAAACAAAGGACUGCAAAGGUGAAUAUGGCUCUAGCGAAAAUAUUUCAAGAGCAAGGCAUGGAGCGGUCAGCAAUAACAACCUACAAGGAAGUAUUACGUGAGUGUCCCCUGGCACUCGAAGCAGCCGAAGGUCUCCUUGCCCUAGGGGUCAAAGGCAUUGAGGUCAACUCCCUGAUCGUCGGAUCUUCCUCCAAUCUACCUGGCCUCGACUGGCUAAACACGUGGAUAAAGGCUCACGCCCACAUUCACAAUCGAGAGUACAAUCACGCUGUGACAACUCUUCGUUCCUUGGAUAAUGUUAAUUUUUUGAGGGACAAUUUCAGUCUCCUAGUGACGAUGGGCGAGUGUUAUUAUUAUGCUGGGGACGACAAGAAUGCACUGGCUUGUUUGAGAAGGGCGAAAACUAUUGAACCAGAUACUACUAAAGGGCUCGACCUUUAUGCCUCUGUUCUCCACAAAACAGGACACACAAAGGAAUUAGAAAAAUUGGUCCCGACGGUAUCAACCGCUGGUGAAUGUACAUCCGAGGUGUACGUUGCAAUGGCAUAUACUCUCUACGCAGCUCGAAAAUUGAAUCGAGCUAAUACCCUGACAUCGCAGGCUAUCAAUCUCAAUCCAUCAAACGUUGAAGCAAUUAUCCUUCGGGGGAACAUUCUCAUUGAGCAGAAGAAGUAUCAGGAUGCUUUGCAUCAGUUUAGGCAAGCAAUGCAGUUGAAACCGUAUCGCUACGAGCCACACAAAGGUUGUGUCGAUUGUUUCGUUGGAAUGCAUCGACUGAGGGAGGCGUUGAAUAUUGCCAGUAGUGGGUGUAAACAGCUCGGACACACUCCAAGAGCUAUUUCGCUCUAUGCAUCUGUGUUGAUGAAAGAUCCGGUAUCAGUCCCGAAAGCGAAGAAUCUUCUUGAAAAAGCUUUAGCCCAAGACGAGUCCUACCUCCCGGCAGUCUACUUCCUAGCUGAAAUUUACGAGCAAGAGAUGAACCUCGAGCGUGCGAUUGAACUCUUGGAGCGUCAGGUCGACAUCCAGCCCACUUGUAAGCUCCACCAGAUGCUGGGUGACCUCUGGGCAAGAGUACACAAUGAGGAGAAAGCCAUUGAUCACUAUGCAAUUGCCCUGAAUCUCGACCCAAGUAACAGGAGAGCUCUCGAGGGAAUGCACAGGCUGGACAAUACCGUUUCGAAAUUCGAAUCUUCGUACUAUAUGACUGUCGGCGAGGAACACGCAGACACGACGUUUGACGUUGGCGAUGGCCUCCCCGACUCUGACAAUGACGAAGCUAACGAAGAGAGCGAAACCGAGGCUGUGUGGUCGGACAUGGAUCUAGAGGCCAACAGUCAAUAGUGACGAUUUAAAAAAGUUGAAAAAUUAAUUUAAUUUCUGCCUUCACCGUCAACUGGAGAGAUGAUGCUCGUCUUACAAGACUGAUGUAUUUAUAUUUGUUGAAUUACUGCGAUUUUGUUGAAUCACUGCGAACCAAUUAUUGACACAGUUUAUGAACGUUCAAACGCAACUAUUUUUUCUUCAAUCGGUAAUAUUUACACAAUUAAUUGAGUUGUAUAGUGAAACAAAGUAAAUAAAUUGAACGAUGUUUUAAAAAUA